AUGUUACCAAAUGCUCCGAAAAUUCCUAGUUGUAAUUUCAUUUGGAAAAGACAUAUAUCGAGUGGGCCUUCGCGGUUAUAUCUAGUCACAAAUUUUUAUAGAAAAAGUGGUUUACUUAAACAAAAAACUCAACGACUUGGAUUCCGAUGUAAAUAUUCUACUGAUCCAUGUAAUCCCUUGCCUCCUAAUCUCAGGGCCAAAGGGCCUUGUCCUGAGCCUCAACCCAGUUGUGAGCCGCCACCAAAAAAGAAAUCGAGAGGCUUUGCUACAACUUUGGCUUUAAUUGGAGUUGGUACAGCAGCAGUUGUUGCUUAUGCCAAAUAUGAUUGUGAAUUUAGAAACUAUAUAGAAGAACAUGCACCUUUUUUUAAUGAAUUUAUUAAAAUUGCAACACAGGAAGACUAUACAUAUGCUGAAAGUUGGGAAAAAUUUGUUAAAUAUAUUUUAAGCUGGUAA